AUGUUGAAAGAAGACGAAACACAGGUGUUUAACGGCACCACUAGUGAAGAUGUUCGUUUGGAGAAUCUGGGUUAUGAACAGGAGCUCAAACGUUCUUUUGGUCUGCUUAGUAUGAUUGGUUUUAGUUUUAGUGUUGUGACAUCUGGUGUUUUCAUUGUUGGCGUCAACUCGGGUGGCCCACCAGUGAUGAUAUUCAGUUUUAUUGGUGUCAGUCUUUUAACCCUCGCGGUCGCUAUCCCCAUGGCAGAAAUGUGUUCCAUGUACCCUGUUGCAGGUGGCCAGUACUCUUGGGUUGCUGCUCUGGCACCUCCGAAGAUUGCUCGGGGCUUAUCAUACAUCGCUGGGUGGUUCAUGAUUAUCGGCGUGCUUGCAAUGGGUGCGACAAACAAUUCAAUUGCGUCAAACUUCGUGUUGGGAAUGGCAAACCUGGUGUUCCCCGAGUAUACCAUUGAAAGAUGGCAGACAGUUCUCGUGGCUUACCUAGUUGCCUUCGUCUCAGCUGCUGUCAAUCUCUGGGGAUCCCAUUUACUCCACCGCAUCUCGAAAUUUAUCCUCAUAUGGAAUGUCGGCUCCUUCGUCGUCAUCACCGUCACGCUCCUCGCAAUGAACGACCACAAACAGUCAGCCUCAUUUGUAUUCUCCGAAUUCGAAAACACAACGGGCUGGGGUACUGGGAUGGCUGCAAUCAUUGGUAUCCUGCAGGCCUGCUUUGGAAUGUGCUGUUAUGAUGCCCCCUCGCAUAUGACAGAGGAAAUGAAGUCUGCAUCAAAAGAAGCCCCCAAGGCUAUCGUCCUCGCGGUUAUCCUUGGAGGAGUGACUGGAUUUAUCUUCCUUCUCACCCUUUGUUUUUGCAUUGGUGACAUCUCGGCGGCUGCCAACACUAGCACUGGCGUUCCUGUUAUCCAGAUCAUCUACGACUCAACGGGUAAUAAGGCUGCAACCUGUAUCUUGACCAGUUUGAUCACAGUUAUUGUCAUGGUUGCAGGAAACAACAUUCUUGCUGAGGGAUCUCGCUCCGUCUAUGCAUUUGCGCGCGACAACGGAUUGCCUUUCUCAAAGGUCUUCAGUAAAGUCAACGCCAAGACCCAGGUCCCAGUGAACGCCGUUCUACUUACCCUUGUUGUGCAACUAGCUCUCGAUGCUAUUGAGUUCGGCACAACAACUGGAUUCGAAACAGUCAUUUCUAUCUCAACAGAAGGAUUUUAUCUAUCAUAUGCUAUGGCUCUCGGUAGCAGAUUGCUCGGGUAUUUCUCCGGCCAUGUUACCAAAAUGGAAGGCCCAUAUGCCUUCUCUACUCCAGUAUCAGUUGGGUUGAACAUUAUCGGUCUUCUAUUUCUACUUUUUGCCUCUAUCACUUUCAACUUCCCCAGCACAUACCCCGUUACCCAUGAGUCGAUGAAUUAUACGAGUGCCGCUAUUGGUGUCAUUGCCCUUAUCAGUCUUGUUACAUGGGUUACGACUGGAAAGAAAAACUUCACUGGACCUGGCGCAGUAAGCUUUCUGAAAGGGCAUAAUACAGCCCAGGAUGGAGCUCGCCCUGCUGGUGCGGAGGUGGAUAAGAAGGGAAGCUGA